AUGGCAAACAACAGGGCCACCAAGUCUGGUUUCGCCGCCGAAGCGCAACGCAAAAUCAACAGCAAAUACAGUGAAGAGCUAGCCCAAGAAUGUUUAGAGUGGGUGAGCAGCGUCACUGGUUCGCCAUUGAACACAUCUGGUGAUCCAGACAACUUUUUUGAAGUCCUUAAGGACGGACAAGUAUUGUGCCAAUUGGUAAACACUCUAAUUCCUGGAUCUGUUAAGAAAGUGAACACCAGCGCGAUGGCUUUUAAGUGUAUGGAAAACAUCAAUAACUUUUUGGCGGUGGCUGUAUCUAUCGGAGUACCUUCCCAAGAAACCUUCCAAUCUGUAGAUUUAUGGGAACGUCAGAACUUGAACUCUGUGGUGAUUUGCUUGCAGUCAUUGGGUAGAAAGGCUGGUCAAUUCGGUGCUCCAAGUAUUGGACCGAAAGAAGCAGAGAAAAACAUUCGCAACUUCAGCGAAGACAAACUCAAAGCUGGCCAAACUAUCAUCAGUCUACAAUACGGAUCCAACAAGGGAGCAAAUCAAAGUGGUCUCAAUUUUGGAAACACAAGACAUAUGUAA